AUGAAGUCUGAAGUCGACAGCAAUCUCAUGCCCUCUGCUCGUCAGUGGACCCCUAAACCAGCACAGCACGAAAUCUAUGGAUGUCAGUGGAUCCAUUCCAUUUCCAGUAAUGAGCUGAGGAAGCCCUUCCAUCUUCACCUCUCAACAAGGCCAGCUCGGACAAACUCCAAGCGCUUCAAUCGUGGCCUUCGACCGCCAUUGACAGCCACCGCCGCCAUGAUACGCUCAGGGGCUACCAGACAAGCGGCUCUGGGCAUAUCACGCGUGCGAUGGACCUGUCCCGCCUGUCUCUGUCGCCGGCAGUACUCUCAAAAGCCAGAGAAGCGCGAACCUCCCGACCAUAGAAAAAUAGGCCUGCAACAGGAACUCUUCAUCACCUCCGCGUACAGCCCCGGGUCCCCAAUCUUCCUACCAAACGGAGCCAGAAUCUUCAAUCGGCUAAUCGACUUCAUCCGCAAGCAGUACGCUCGCUAUGGCUUCCAGGAAGUCAUCACACCAACGAUAUACAAGAAAGCGCUCUGGGCCAAGUCGGGCCACUUAGAAAACUAUGCCGACGACAUGUAUACCGUGACCGGAAACACGAGCACCCCCGACAAAGAUGGAGGCGGGUGCUGCGGAGGCGACCAUGGCCCAGCCGAGCCCGACUUGGAAGCAGACAACGAGUACGGCCUGAAGCCCAUGAACUGCCCGGGGCACUGCCUCAUAUUUGCUUCCAGAGUCCACAGCUAUCGCGAAUUGCCAGUCAGAUAUGCCGACUUUAGCCCUCUGCAUAGAAACGAGAUCUCAGGUGCUCUAUCGGGGUUGACCCGUGUACGACGAUUCCACCAGGACGACGGCCACAUUUUCUGCCGCCCUUCGCAAGUCGAAGAAGAGAUCAAGAAGACGUUGGACUUUGUCAAGGUCGUAUAUGGCGUUCUCCGCCUGGGUGUCGGCUACAGACUUGCGUUGUCUACCCGACCAAAGGACCACUUCAUCGGCACCGAAGACGAGUGGAACAGGGCCGAGGAUCGCUUAAAGAUGGCGCUGGACUCGUCGGGCAUGGAGUGGAGCAUCAACGAGGGGGAUGGUGCAUUCUACGGCCCCAAGAUUGACAUUGUGAUCAAGGAUUCGGACGGAAAAGAGCAUCAGACGGCCACGAUCCAGUUGGAUUUCCAACUUCCCAAGCGUUUCGCGCUCGAGUACCAGGCGCCCGCGCCUGAAUACGAAGCACGGGGAGAGACGACGAAUGAUCCGGUCUUGUUGGCGGAAUACGGCCCUGUGCGGCCCGUCAUGAUUCAUCGCGCGGUAUUGGGCUCGGUGGAACGGCUCAUGGCCCUUCUGAUUGAGUCAUACGAUGGCAAGUGGCCGUUUUGGCUCAACCCGCGACAAGCCAUCAUUCUCACGGUCAAUACAUCACGGCCCGUUUUGGAUUGGGCAGAUGAAGUCAAAGAGAUCCUCCUCGGGCUGAAGAAGGAGGCAGGCCAAACGAGCACGGAAGGACCCGUGAACCCGACCGGCCUAGCAGUCGAUGUCGAUUAUAGUGCUCGCUCUCUCGGCUCCAAGAUCCGAGAGGCACGAAUCAACGGCUACAGCCAGAUCCUAGUUGUGGGCGAAGAGGACGUCAAGCAUGGCCAAGUCAGCCUCGGGAAAGAGAGAAUGAGCCCCAUGGAGAUGCGUGACAAGAUGUGCGAAUUGGCCGACGCGUUUGAAUAG